GCCGGUUAUUUGUCGGAUUACUUCCCCGCCGGCACCAUGCUGCUGCUGGCCUUGAUCAGCUUCCUGUGGGAAGUGGACGGUGUACAUCUGCGCAAGGUCAACGUGACCAUUCUGAUGUUGCAGCCGUAUUCGUCCCUGGCGUAUACGUAUGACUAUUACGGGCCGGUGACGGAUAUGGCCAUUGAGGAGAUGAAUCGGCGGUAUCCGCGGUUUAAUUUCUAUAAGAGAAUGUAUGUGCCGAAGAGCAAUAAGACCUGCUCCGAUCUGGAGGCCAUGGAGUCGGUGAUGCUGUAUGAGUAUUUAUUGGCGGAGUACCGGAAUCGCACGGCCGCCGGGGAACAGCUGGGUGUUACGGUACUGUCCGGAACCGCGUGCAGUGUGGCGCUGCGGUGGAUGGGGGAUCUGGCACGAGAACUUAACCUGCCGCACAUUGCCAGCGGAGGAUCAGCAGCGUACAUGGCCAACCCGAAGCGUUUCACGACGACCAUCAAGAUCCAGGUGUACCGGCAGCAGGACGUGGGCGACACCCUGGUGGCCUUCCUGCGCCGCUACAACUGGACCAACGUGGCCAUCAUCUGCGACGACAAUCCGGGUCUGGGCGACUUCAUCCUGCUGUCCUGCAACGGCUUCAUCGGGCAGGUCAAAGCGCAGUCGGACAUGCAGUACUACGAUCUGCACUACGACAGCUCGCGCACGCCGCUUCCCGAUUACGACCGCUUCUUGAAGCUGGCCGCCGAACGGAGCCGCAUCAUUUGUCUCACCGCCCUCGGGACACGCGUGCGUGAUAUCAUGGUAGCUGCGCAUCGCUUGGGGAUGACAAACGGAUAUUUUGUAUUUAUAACAUCCUAUCCCUUUGAGCACUCCCUGUACGGCUGGUUCAAGUGGCUGUACAACGACGGCAAGGACGAUGAAGCCAAAGAAGCCUUCAAGUCCCUGUACUUCAUCUACGUCAAACAGCUACGCGGCCCGGAAUUUGCCGGCUUUGAAACGGAGGUCAAGUAUCGCGCGUUCCGGGACUAUGGAAUGUUCUACGAGCCGCUGGAACACGUUAACGGCUUCACUGCCUUCCAGCACACCAUCGUGCGCUAUGCUGCCAAGCUAAUCAACGACACGGACGUCGACUGGAGUACGAUCACGUUAAAUGACGGAAAGGGUCUGCAGAUUGUCAACGGCUCUGUAGAAGAGCAGGAGGUGGAGUCCAUCACCGGUCCGGGACUGAUGAUCAAGAACAAGGAUCGCGCCUACUUCAGCUACACGAUCGUCACCAUGGACCACGUUACGUACGAAUUCAAGGAAAUUUUCUCGUACGAGACCAAAACUAGGAUACUGCUUCCGGACCCUAACAACACCGUCACCUGGGCAUACCGCGGCGACUCACCGCCGCCUAAUAUGCCCAGCUGCGGCUACAAAAUCCUCGACAAUCAAUGCGAAAUCUCGCACGCCUUCAUCAUCGGCAUCAGCCUGGGCAUCGGAAUCCCGGUGAUCGUCUUCGCCAUCACCAUCGGCAUCCUGGCGCGGCGCACCAGCAAACUGCAGGUGGUCGAUGAUCCCUUCUGGUACAUUCCCGUUGCCGAUAUCGUCAUGGAGGAUCCCGAAUCGAUCAAGUCCGAUAAUAAAUUCAAAGAGGUGAAAUCGAAAACGUCGAAACCGGUAGUGCGACGCCACGAAGACUACGCCAUGUAUAAAGACAAGAAAGUCUGGUUUAGGAAGCUGCCGCUGAUGUAUAAGUAUAACCCAACAAGCGCCGAUGAAAAACUCAUCAAAAGAAUGAAAGCGGCCGGUAUUACGACCAAUACGCUGUUACGUUUUUACGGAUUUUGCCCAAUGGAAAUGGAGAUGGGCGUGGUGUAUGAACUGAGCCCGCGCGGAAACUUGGUGCAGGUCAUGCAGGCCGGGACGGUCCGCUUCGAUAUGCUGCUGAAGAAGUCCGUCAUCAUGGAUCUCACCAGUGCCUUAUUGUACAUUCAUUCAUCCCCGCUGGAACACCACGGCGCCCUAUCGCGCUACACCUGCCUGUUCGAUCACCGUCUUGCCUUGAAACUGGCCGACUACCGGCUGGAUAUUCUUCCGCGUGUACAGCCCCGCUUCACCUUGCCCGCACCCGAGCAUAAAGCCUUCCUGACCUUUGCGCCCGAGCAGCUGCGGGCCGAUAAUAUUUACCUGGGCUCCAGAGCCGGCGACUGCUACUCGUACGGAUUCGUUCUCACCGAGAUCCUGUGCGAGAUCGAACCCUUCCAAACGGAAAUCGAAACCGCCAACUAUUCGGUGGCCGAGAUAAUCGAUAUGCUGCAGCAGGGCAGCACGAAACCUUUCCGGCCGGUCGUGCCCUUAGGCAGCGUAGCCAACCAGUUCGCUCCCUUAGUGAAACAGUGCUGGGAAGAGGAGCCCAUCGACCGGCCCAGCAUCCAGUAUAUCAAUAACUUCAUCCGCGGCAUCCCCGGCUUCCAGCGCCAAUACAAUCUCGUGGAUGAAUUGAUCCGCCGGUUAACGGCUCACGCGGAACUCCUAGAGAGCCGCAUCUCUGCCGCCACGCAGGGUUUGCUGGCCGAGAAAAGGCGCGAAGAGGAGCUGCUGCUGCAAAUGCUACCCAAGCACGUGGUGAUCGCGUUAACCCGUGGCGAGAAGAUCGAUCCAGAGGGAUUUAAUUGCGUGACCAUUGGGUUCACGGCGCUGGAGAACUUUGGGGUCAUCGCGCUGACCAGUACGCCGUUCCAGCUGGUCACGCUGCUCAAUGACCUCUACUCCAUCUUCGACGACACGCUGCCGCGGUUCAACGUCUACAAAGUGGAGACCAUCUCCGAUUCCUACAUGAUUGCCAGCGGCUUGCCAAUUCGCAACGGGAACGCCCACUCUCAAGAGAUCGCCAGCGUGGCCAUCGAGCUGAUGCGGGAGUCGAGUACGGUGAAAAGCAGCUCGGCCCCCGACGGACUCCUGCAGAUGAAGAUCGGCUUCCACACUGGGCCGUGUGUCGCGGGGGUCGUCGGACUGCGCAUGCCGCGCUACUGCUUAUUCGGUGAUACAAUUAACAUGGCUUCCAGAAUGACUUCUUCCGGUCAAGCGUUCAAGAUACAAGUCAGCUCCGAAGCCCGCGAACAUCUAUCGCGCCAUUCGGGGAAAGGGUUCCGCUUCCAUUUUCGCGGUGUCGUCGAGAUUAAGGGCAAAGGUCCGCAGCCGUGUUAUUGGCUGCUAACCGACAACGGCAGCACCAUGCUGCCACCGACGGCGCAUCUGGGCGACAAUCCCAGUUCCAAUGGUUCCGAGACCGGUCUUUCAUCGCGGCGGGGCAGUCACAUGCAGCGGACCCCGUCCAGCAUGUCCAUGCAGCGCCAGCUCUCUUCCAAUAUGCUGGAUAAUGUCCUUUGAUGUAUAAAUCAUGCUGUGCCGAUCGCCGACUGUGCGUUCUCAGCCAUACUUCAACUGUGACCUCUUAAACCUUCUUGAAAUCUUGCAGUAAUACUUAUCUUGACAUAGCUAUGAUUAUUAUUUGUAUUU